UGAAAGUUUAAAAAGUGAGAUCACACCAAGAUGACAAAGGCUACUAAACUGUUUAAAUUUUUUUCCUUAUCAACUAAGGAUGUCAUUUUUUAAUAUGUGUUACAGAUCUGGGGGUGUGUCUGACCUGUUUAAACUUGGAAUUUUUUUGUCACUCUUAAGACGUAUCUUCUUUCAUAGCUUAAAAAAAGGGGCAGGUCCACCACUACUUCUUGACAUACAUAGAGAUAAAAUUGACUAAAGGCAUACGAAAUUCAACCCUAAGGCAUGGCUUGCUGGUGCUUUGUGGCAGCUUUAGUAAUUGUGUUAACAUGUGAAGUACUUGCUACAGGCAAGUGCAAUAAAGAACAAAACGGAUGCGUUUCUAAACAGAGACACUGCAAAAACAUGGAUAAACCAGUCCUCGAGUUGCAAAACCUCUUGAAAAUGAGCCCAAUUAUUUCAAGAGGUGACAGGAUUAUCCUUUGUAUCAAACAGUAUGAAACACUUAUGAUGGACAAAAAUCGGCAUCACUGUGUCUUGAAGAAAGUUUUUCACUUCUACAGUAAAGUUCUUCAUAAACUUGCUGAAACUACACCUGAACUGCACUUCAACAUUACACUAGCGCUUGAUAUCUUUCACAGGAUGAACAGAUGCCUACGAUGCGUACGGUGUAACAAACAGGAAGAGUCAAAAUUAAAAACACCUUUAAAAGAGGAUAAAUGUGAAGGUUCCUUUACAGCAGAAGAAUUGGAAAAACUUCAAAUUCAAAAGCUUAAAAAAGCAAAACAUCAGUUAAAUGACCCUCUUAUUCAGAGAAAAGCAAUAGAAGAACUACCCAGACUCCUUGAAUGUCUCCCUCACAAAUGGAAAAAGAAAAAAUGCGAUAAAGAAGUCACAGUCACAAUGGCAUUACCUUAAACAGAUAAAAGUCAAACAGGGUACAAUAACUUAAUACAAAUAAAUUUGAAUGGACGGUUUAGGAUUGGAGCAAAGUUGGAAAUCAUCGUUCUCAGGUUUUUCCUGUCUGGAUUUAAAAAAAAAAUGUAUAAAGGAAGGAAAAGUUGAAGCUACUCAGGUACUCCAGUUAAUUUAAUGUCUGUUUAAUGUUCAAUGCCUGUCUACUUGGGUUUCGUAAUGUGCUAUAGCACUUAAGAACCCUGAGAUGCUUUCCAUUUACUUGCAGCUUAUAACUCUGUCAAUCAUUUUGUUUUUCUUAUUACAUGCAAUUAAACAAUAAGCUCCUGGAUUAUUUAUUAAAAACAUUUAUAUUUUGUGCUUUCACUUACUACUUUGCCUCUGAUCUUAUGUAAUGUAAUGAAUGUUAUAAGUGUAAUGCCGUUGAUGUUUCAAAUCACCCUGUACAGUUUAAUUUUGCAGGGUUUACUGUGGACUCAUUCAUUUUCAUAAACUUAAAAUGUCCAGCAGUUUGCUGAUAUAAUUUGUAAUAUGAAAUGUCCAGAAUGAAUUUUUAGUCUUUCAUGAUACGUUUUGCACUAAGUGCAAAAAGAAAGAAAAUCCACAAAGCAAAGUAUGCAAAAGGAAAAAAGGCAAGUCCUAUGUUUUGGUACUUGGUAACCUUUUUAUUUUUAAAUUGUUUUACACAUAAUGUUAGAAGUACUUUUUUGGGCUUUAUUUAAUUUAAACUUAAUCUAUCACUGGAUAGAAAAAUAAUAAUCAAACAGCACCAGUUACAGUGCUUUCUGAUUGAUUGAUUAUAUGUAGUAGUAGGGUGUUGUACUGUGUUAGCCAUUAUGGAUGCGACGACAAGUCAAGCAAAACAACACUUUUUAGAGGUCAACCAAAAAGAUUAAAAUAUUCAAGCUUUCAAGAGAACUCAGGCCCCUUCUUCAGGCAAGUUGUAAGAAGAGCCUUGAACAGCCCCUAAAGCUAGCACAUUGUAAUAUGUUCAGUUAGCCAAUAAAAGGUGUCGUUUUGAUUGGUUGAUUUUAUAAUAUUCACAGUUGUGAAGAUUUGUUUGCUUCAAUCAAGCAUUGCUAAGUUAUGCUUUAAUGUCCUUAUAAACUGUUAAAUCUUUUUGUAUUUUGUUCAUCUGCUCCAUCGCCUUCAACCUAAGAUUGAUGGCCCUUUUAUUAUGCUGAAAGCAGCAUCUUUUCCUAUAACUGGUUAAAUGAAAAGUAAAAUGCAGUUAUCUUUACUCUCACCUCUGGUUUUUGCAAACUUUAUUAAGAAAAGAAGUGACCAUAACAAUUUGCAAUAUGUACUUUCUAGGAAAGCAAUAUUUUUUUUUGUAAUUAUGAAUUGUAGUUUACAAAUAAUGUUAAUUGUAAAGAGAUCUUUAUUUUUUUACAAUGUAUAAAUUAAAGUCUAAUAAUGCAAAA